GACGUAUUUGCUAGUGUUGGGUGUUACGUUGUGCUGUUUUCCUAUCAUGGCUCGUACUAAGCAAACUGCUCGGAAGUCUACUGGUGGCAAGGCGCCACGCAAACAAUUGGCCACUAAGGCAGCCCGCAAGAGUGCUCCGGCCACCGGCGGUGUGAAAAAGCCCCACCGCUACCGGCCCGGUACUGUGGCUCUGCGCGAGAUCCGCCGUUAUCAGAAGUCUACCGAACUGCUGAUUCGUAAACUACCUUUCCAGCGCCUAGUGCGCGAGAUUGCGCAGGACUUUAAAACAGACCUGCGCUUCCAGAGCUCUGCUGUGAUGGCUCUGCAGGAGGCGUGUGAGGCCUACUUAGUUGGGCUGUUUGAGGACACUAACCUGUGCGCCAUCCACGCCAAGCGCGUCACUAUAAUGCCCAAGGACAUCCAGCUCGCUCGCCGCAUCCGCGGAGAGCGGGGCGGGAAGGGUUUGGGUAAGGGGGGUGCCAAGCGCCACCGCAAGGUGUUGCGCGACAACAUCCAGGGCAUCACCAAGCCGGCCAUCCGGCGUCUGGCCCGGCGUGGAGGUGUCAAGAGGAUCUCUGGUCUGAUCUACGAGGAGACUCGCGGGGUGCUCAAGGUGUUUUUGGAGAACGUGAUCCGUGACGCUGUCACCUAUACGGAACACGCCAAGCGCAAGACGGUCACUGCUAUGGACGUGGCAGGAAUAGAAGACCGUUGGGUUGACAGGUACUGUGAAUAUGCAAGAGUCAUCGAAGAAUCCUGUAUCAGAAGCCGCUUCCAUUUUAUAGCUACUGCCACGGACCUUGGAGUCAGAGGAAAUAGUGCGUCCUUGGCGCUUGAGCGCGUAAACCACAUCCAUGGCAGUGACAGUCUUGCGCUUGGCGUGCUCCGUAUAGGUCACGGCGUCCCGGAUCACGUUCUCCAGAAAAACCUUGAGAACACCUCGGGUCUCCUCGUAAAUCAAACCGGAGAUCCGUUUAACCCCACCACGCCUAGCAAGGCGCCGAAUAGCCGGCUUAGUGAUGCCUUGGAUGUUAUCCCGCAGCACUUUCCGGUGGCGCUUGGCGCCUCCCUUACCCAAACCUUUGCCGCCUUUGCCGCGACCAGACAUAGUCAACCAAGUUUACGCUCUCUCUCCGCGAAUGCGGCGAGCAAGCUGUAUAUCCUUGGGCAUAAUAGUCACCCGCUUGGCAUGAAUGGCGCAAAGGUUUGUGUCCUCAAAGAGCCCUACCAAGCGCUGGAACGGCAGCUUCCGGAUCAGCAGCUCGGUCGACUUCUGGUAGCGACGGAUCUCUCGCAGAGCUACAGUGCCCGGGCGGUAACGGUGAGGCUUUUUCACGCCGCCGGUGGCCGGUGCGCUCUUGCGAGCAGCCUUGGUAGCCAGCUGCUUGCGUGGCGCCUUACCGCCCGUGGACUUGCGAGCAGUCUGUUUGAGUCAGACCACCAACUAUUGGCCGCAAGAAAAUUCAAAAGUCCCCUCGCCCUUCUUGGAUUGGUCCAUCUCUGUGCCUGGUUGAAGAUUAAGAGAGGCUCCUGCUCAUUACGGCAGCAGUACCGCCUGAAUAUUAGGCAGAACGCCGCCCUGGGCGAUGGUCACACGCCCCAAGAGCUUAUUAAGCUCCUCGUCCUCCAGGAUCUCGGCUGUCAGGUACUCAAGCACCGCCGCCAGAUACACCGGCGCGCCAGCCCCGACGCGCUCGGAGUAGUUGCCUUUGCGGAGCAGGCGGUGCACCCGGCCCACAGGGAACUGCAGACCUGCACGAGAAGAACGAGUCUUAGCCUUGGCGCGGGCUUUGCCGCCUUCUAUAUUGUUUUUGGCGUCCCGGAUUUCUUGAAAAAUGCUUCCCUCUCCAAGUGGGGCCUUCCUAGUAUCUUUGCAGUAGGGCCAGUUGGGGAAAGGCACAAAAUUCAAACCCUUUUGUAUCUCGCAGAGCUGGAAAUCCGAAGCAUGCUUAGCCAGUUCCCCGGGCAGCAGCAGGCGCACAGCCGUCUGGAUCUCCCUGGAGGUGAUGGUCGAGCGCUUGUUGUAGUGCGCCAGGCGGGAAGCUUCGCCCGCGAUGCGCUCGAAGAUGUCAUUGACGAAGGAAUUCAUGAUCCCCAUGGCCUUGGAGGAGAUGCCGGUGUCGGGGUGGACCUGCUUCAGCACCUUGGCAAUUAUUCUGAGCCUGUCGAAGCCGGCGCGCCGCUGUACUUAGAGUACCUGGCCGCCGAUAUCCUGGAGCUGACACGCAGCGCCAUACGUGACAAGACCCACAGCAUCCCCCGCCACCUGCAGCUGGCCUUCCGCAACGACGAGCAGCUCAACAAGCUGCUGGGCAAAGUCACUAUUACUCAGGGAGGCGUCCUGGCCAAUAUUCAGGCCGUCCUGCCGCUUGCUCUCAGUUCAGUACGCUUUUGUGUGUGGGGGUCAUUGCAGAUGGCUCGUACAAAGCAAACAGCUCGCAAGUCCACCGGCGGCAAAGCGCCGCGGAAGCAGCUUGCUACUAAAGCGGCGCGUAAGAGCGCUCCGGCCACAGGUGGGGUGAAGAAGCCUCACCGCUACCGGCCCGGUACCGUGGCUUUGCGCGAAAUUCGCCGCUACCAGAAGUCCACCGAACUGCUGAUCCGGAAGCUGCCAUUCCAGCGCCUGGUGCGAGAAAUCGCGCAGGACUUCAAAACCGAUCUGCGCUUCCAGAGCUCUGCGGUGAUGGCGCUGCAGGAGGCUUGCGAGGCCUACCUGGUGGGGCUCUUCGAAGACACUAAUCUGUGCGCUAUUCACGCCAAACGCGUCACCAUCAUGCCCAAAGACAUACAACUGGCACGUCGCAUCCGUGGGGAAAGGGCAUAAGUCUGCUUAUUCCUUCCUAAUUGAAAAGGCUCUUUUCAGAGCCACUUACAAUUUCACUUAAAAACAGUUGUAACCAAUUCGGUAGUUCCCAGGAGAUUUAAAGGAUUUUUAAAGAUAAGUACACACGCUUUGAAUAACUGCAGACGAGUACAUCAGGCCUUUUCUUUUGGGGCGGUUUUACUGCGAGAAAGCCAGUUGAGUGACUUUUGCCCUUGUUAAAAAAAUCCUAGGGAUCUUGUGUUUUUAACAUGUAUAUGUGUAUACUUAACAUUUCGAAACAGGCUUCUGGUGAAACUUCUUUUAAUCCUCCUGCCAAUUUUAGGUCUGAUGGCAUUUUUAUUAAAGCUAUCGUAAGGACAAUGUGCGUAUAGUUACCCAAAGUUCACAAAAACAUUAAUACCCCAAAAAUCAGUAUUGGUAUUGGGCUAUUGGAACUGGAGUCAGAGCUCAGGUGGAAAAAACUG